UAAUUCAGUUGAGUUCUUGAACCGCACGGAGACUGCAGGUUCUGCGCGCGCAUAUUAUAUAUAUUGACUGUUUUUUAUCGUGUUUUCCGACAGGAUAUGAUAUCCAUUCGGGUGGACCGCUAGAUAAUAACAAAUUACGACGUGAGACCUAGCGAGGAUGCUAAUUGAGUCAAUUGAAUCGUGAGUUUUGGUGUCCGAAGGUCGACCGAAACAAAUAAGAGUCAAUAUCGCUACUAGUUGAUUAUUCAACAGCAUGAUGUGGAGGUUGUCUCUCUUCGUGUGCCUCAUAGCAGGCGCUGUUUGUGAAGAGAAUGGCGUGGAGAAGGAGUCCAAGGUUGUUCGUAUUUCACAAGGAUCUGUUCGUGGGUAUAAGAACCCUGAAAGCGGCAUCUUCGAAUUUUAUGGAAUCCCAUACGCUAAGGCACCUACAGGACAGAAUAGAUUUCAAGCACCGCUACCAGCGCCGUUAUGGUUGGAGACCCUAGACGCAGUAGAUAGAGGUAUAAUAUGUUAUCAACCUGCUGAAUUUCUGCAAAUGUUCGGUCAGGAAAAAGUAGCGCAAGAAGACUGCCUCAUUGCAAAUGUAUACGUUCCGGAUGUAGACAAUAAGAAUAUUCCUGUUGUAGUAUAUGUACACGGCGGUGCUUUCCACGUGGGCUUCGGUGAUUUAGCAACUCCAAAAAAUUUGGUAAGAAGUCAAAAUGUGAUAGCCGUCACAUUCAAUUACCGACUUGGAGUACAUGGAUUUUUAUGUUUGGGUACAAAAUAUGCUCCCGGUAAUGCCGGUAUGAAAGAUCAGGUCGCGUUAUUACGUUGGGUACAGAAGAAUAUUGCCAAAUUUGGAGGCAAUCCAGAUGACGUCACAGUAGCUGGUUAUAGUGCAGGUUCAGCAUCGGUUGAUCAUUUAUUACUAUCACCUUUGACUAAAGGACUUUUUACUAAAGCGAUACCAGAGAGUGGCGCCAAUACAGCCGUUUGGUCGGUACAACAAGAUCCGCUUAGGAACGCCAAAGAUUAUGCAAAAGCUUUGAAUUUUACAAAUGUUGAUGACUUCAAUGCUUUGGAAGAAUUCUAUAACACAGUGCCUUAUGAAACAUUAACAUCUAAAUCAUUUUUGGACGUUCCUGAUUCAACCUUUGGAUUUAGUUUAUGCGUAGAGCGGGAAACUGGUGAAGACAGGUUUCUUGACGAUACUCCAGUGAAUAUAUUGAAAAAUGGAAAAUAUAAUAAAGUACCUUUACUGUAUGGAUUUGCUAACAUGGAAGGAUUAUUUCGUUUGCCACUUUUCGAACUAUGGAAGGAUAGAAUGAAUGUGAAGUUUUCAGACUUUUUACCAGCUGAUUUACAAUUUGAAAAUGAAAAUCAAAAAGAAAUAGUUGCAGAACAGAUUAAGAAAUUUUAUUUUAAAGAGAAUUCUGUUGGUGCAGAGACUGUAUCAGACUAUGUAGACUAUUUUACUGAUGUUAUUUUUGCAUAUCCAGCUCUACGAUCUGUGAAGUUACAAGUUGAAGCUGGUAAUAACAAUAUAUAUUUGUAUGAGUACUCAUUUGUUGAAGAUAUUCAUAUUCCGAAACAAUAUCCAAGCCUUCGUGGAGCAAAUCAUUGCGCGCAAACAAUGGCUGUACUUGAUGGAACCUUUGUAGAAAAUAAAGCGGAAAUCAAUGUUAGUGAGGAUUUAAAAAACGUUAAAGCAACACUACGAGAGUUGUGGGCUAAUUUUAUUAAAACUGGAAAUCCAGUGCCAGAGGGAUCAUCAUUCCCAGCGUGGCCUCCUGCGAGCGCUAAUGGUUCUCCAUUUAUGGAAUUAGGGAGAGAGCUAGAAUUGAAGGGGACACUGUUGGAGGAACGUAUGCGUUUCUGGGACGCUAUCUACGAGCAGUACUAUCGCCCUCCUGUCCCACCACCGGCACCACCUACCAAGCACAAUGAGCUUUAAUCUUCUAACUACAAUAUUAAUAUUUUUAUACUUUUUGUUAUUUUGUUAAUUGUGGAAGCGAUUUUUUAUAAUAAUUAAACCUUUCUUUUCUUAUUCUAAACAAAUAUUACACUUCACUAGCAUGAAUUAAAGUUAUUAGUGCUCGAUCUAAACUACGAGUGUAAUUUACAACCUAAACCGUUUCUUUGAGCAUAUAUAACUUUAACAGAUAGAAAAAAUAAAUGAAAGACUUUAUUCAAUCAUGUAAACAGUUAUUUAAUCAAGUAUUAUCUUUAUGGGCCACACCAAUUUCUUACUGUAAAUAAAAUAAAUAAUCUAAGAAUAAAUUGAUUAUCAUACGAUAAAAAAAGAACAAACAAGCACCUGAUGGUAAAUAAUAAUAAAGACAUUUAUUCAGCGUUACAGUAUUUUUAUUUACUAUACAACU